GAGUGAGACCAGAAGAAAGUGGAAGCAGACAGACAGUUAAAAGUAAUGGACGCGCUGCAGGAAUGGGCCCUGGCGUACCCUGCUCUGGCCCGGCUGCUCUGGGUGAUGGUGCUGGUACUGGCCACCGUCCUGGUCUGGAGCUUGUUCUUCUGCUGCUGGGGAAACCGAAGCUCCACCUCCCCUCUGGAGAAAUAUCUGUCAGCCAUGGAGAAACAGUCAAAGACUAAACAUCAGAGCCAACGGAAGAAGAAGCCGAAGGACAAGAGCGUCUCUGCAGCUCUGCUAAAUGAGGGAAUCGCCGGGGUGAUCAAACUGGCAACCCCGCUGUCUCAAGAGAAACAGAAAAAGAAGGAAAAACAAGGGAAGAAGACUGAGGGAGAGGACCAAAAGAAGGAAGGAAAGGAUGAGAAUAAGGAGGAAGGGAAAGACGAGAAGACGAUUACAGUGAGGAAAAGAAACAAAAAGCACCUGAAAGUCACCAUCGCUCCUGGAACUGUGACUUCAGCAUCUGCUGGGCAGGUCAUGUCAGGGGGUCGGCGGCGGAUGCUGGAGCGCUCUGCCUCAGAGGAGAGCGCCAGUGACCUGAGCACCUCACCAUUUCCUGGAGACACCUUACCAUGGAACUUGCCUAAACACCAGCGUGUCAAACGCUCCAAAUCUGCCUCCGGAGACGUCCUGGAUCCCGCAGAGAGAGCAGUCAUCCGCAUUGCAGAUGAACGGGAUCGAGUACAGAAAAAGACCUUUACAAAAUGGGUGAACAAGCAUCUGGUUAAGCACUGGAAGGCAGAGGCUCAGCGGCACAUCACAGACCUGUACGAGGAUCUCAGAGAUGGACACAACCUCAUCUCGCUGCUGGAGGUGCUGUCCGGAGAGACACUUCCCAGAGAGAAGGGUCGCAUGCGCUUUCACAAACUACAAAAUGUACAGAUUGCACUGGACUUCCUCAAACAUAGACAGGUGAAACUGGUAAAUAUAAGAAAUGACGACAUCGCGGACGGAAAUCCAAAACUGACCCUUGGGCUAAUAUGGACCAUCAUUCUUCACUUUCAGAUCUCCGAUAUCCAGGUGAACGGUCAGUCAGAUGACAUGACCGCCAAGGAGAAGCUGCUCUUGUGGUCUCAGAGAAUGGUGGAGGGCUACCAGGGCCUGCGCUGUGACAACUUCACUACCAGCUGGAGAGAUGGCAAACUCUUCAACGCCAUCAUCCAUAAACACAGGCCCAAUUUGAUCGACAUGAAUAAGGUGUACAGACAGACCAACCUGGAGAAUCUGGAGCAGGCCUUCAGCAUAGCAGAGAGAGACUUGGGCGUCACACGCCUGUUGGAUCCUGAAGAUGUGGAUGUACCACAUCCAGACGAGAAGUCCAUCAUCACAUACGUGUCCUCUUUGUAUGAUGUCAUGCCAAGAGUCCCUGACGUCCGCGAUGGAGUCAAGGCCAACGAGUUGGAGUUGCGCUGGCAGGAAUAUUAUGAGCUGGUGACCAUGUUGCUGCAGUGGAUCAGACAUCAUGUUAUUGUGUUUGAGGAACGCAAGUUUCCCUCUAGCUAUGAGGAGAUCGAGGUCCUUUGGCGCCAGUUUCUGAAGUUCAAGGAAACUGAACUACCAGCUAAGGAGACUGACAAAAAUCGCUCCAAGCUCAUUUACAAGUCAUUUGAGGGUGCUGUGCAGGCAGGUCAGGUCAAGGUUCCCCCCAAUUACCAUCCCAUUGAUGUGGAGAAGGAGUGGGGCCGUCUGCAUGUGGCCAUUUUGGAUCGAGAGAAACUGUUGCGCUCUGAGUUUGAACGGUUGGAGCGUUUGCAGAGAAUAGUCAGUAAAGUACAAAUGGAGUCAGGCGUGUGUGAGGAACAGCUCAACCAGGUGGAAACACUGUUGCAAACGGACAUCCGUCUGCUGAACGCAGGAAAGCCUAUCCAGCACGCGUCUGACAUUGAGACAGAUCUGAACAAGGCUGAAAACAUGAUCCGUUACCUGUUUAAUGAUGUGCAAUUACUGAAAGAUGGGCGCCAUCUACAGGCAGAACAGAUGUACAGGCGAGUGUACCGUCUUCAUGAGCGUCUGGUUAACCUGCGCAGUGAGUUUAAUCUGCGUCUGAAAUCAGGUGUGACAGUGUCACAGGUGCCCAUGACCCAGGUGCCCAUGACCCAGAUCUCCCACGUCCAGACCAUACAGCAGUCUCCUCAGCGAGUCAGGCCAGACCUGGACGAGGUCACUCUCAAGUACAUUCAGGACCUGCUCUCCUGGGUUGAGGAGAACCAGAGGCGAAUUGAAGGAGCAGAUUGGGGUGAAGAUCUGCCCUCGGUGGAGUCCCAGCUCGGCAGCCACCGAGGCCUUCAUCAGUCUAUCGAGGAAUUUAAAUACAAGAUUGAUCGCGCACGGGCUGAUGAGAAUCAGUUGACUCCAGUCAGUAAAGGAGCCUAUCGAGAAUACUUGGGCAAACUGGACCUUCAAUAUGCCAAACUAUUGAACUCAUCUAAGUCUCGUCUGCGAAGUCUGGAUCAGCUGCACGCUUUUGUUGUGGCCGCCACAAAAGAGCUGAUGUGGCUGAACGAGAAAGAAGAGGAGGAAGUGAACUACGAUUGGAGCGACAGAAACUCUAACAUGACUGCCAAGAAGGACAACUAUUCUGGUCUGAUGCGAGACCUUGAACAUAGAGAGAAGAGAGUAAACAACGUUCAGAUGACUGGAGACAAGCUUUUGAAAGACGGCCAUCCUGCCAGGAAGACCAUAGAGGCUUUCACUGCAGCUCUGCAGACUCAGUGGAGCUGGAUCCUUCAGCUGUGCUGCUGCAUUGAGACUCACCUGAAAGAAAACACUGCUUACUUUCAGUUCUUCUCAGAUGUCAAAGAGGCUGAAAACAGGAUGAAGAAGAUGGAGGAUACAAUGAAAAAGAAAUAUGUGUGCGACCGCUCCAUCACAGUCACUCGGCUAGAAGAUCUGCUACAGGAUGCAGUGGAGGAAAAAGAACAGCUAAACGAAUUCAAGACACACCUGGAAGGUCUCAACCGCAGAGCCAAGACCAUUAUCCAGCUGAAACCGAGAAACCCAGCUCAACCCAUCAAAGGAAAAUUACCCGUUCAGGCUGUUUGUGACUUCAAACAAAUGGAGAUUACAGUGCACAAAGGUGAUGAAUGUGCCCUGGUGAACAACUCCCAACCGUACAAGUGGAAAGUGCGAGAUUCCAGUGGAAAUGAAGCAGUAGUACCAUCCAUCUGUUUCAUCGUUCCUCCCACCAAUAAAGAAGCCGUGGACGUCAGCUCUGGUUUGGAUGGGAGUCAGCAGAGGCUGAUGGUCCUGUGGCAGAAGCUGCAUGUUGAUAUGAAGAGUCUGCUGUCCUGGCAGUACCUCAUGAGAGAUAUCACGCUUAUCAACUCCUGGAAUUUCAUCAUGUUUAAAACUCUGAGAGUGGAGGAGUAUCGGCUGACCCUGAAGAACCUGGAGCAGCACUAUCAGGCGUUCUUGCGGGACAGUCAGGAUUCAGGACUCUUCGGUGCUGAUGAUCGCAUGCAGGCUGAGAACAGUUACAACAAAGCCACCCAGCACUAUGAUAACCUGCUGCGCUCUGUUGAACAAGAGCCUGCACUCAUCCAAAAGGACAGUACAUCUGGAGAACAGGAUGAGUCGGUGUGCAAGAGUUACAUCACCCAGAUAAAGGACCUGAGACUGAGACUGGAAGGCUGUGAGAGCCGCACUGUCAAUCGCCUCAGACAGAUGGUGGACAAAGAGCCUCUCAAAGCCUGCACACAGAGAGCCACCGAACAGAAGAAAGUGCAGACAGAGUUGGAGGGUAUAAAGAAAGACCUGGACAAGGUGGUGGAGAAGAGUGAAGCAGUGCUGGCCACAUCUCAGCAAUCCAGUUCAGCUCCCGUCCUGCGCUCAGAGAUAGACAUCACCCAGAAGAAGAUGGAGCACGUCUAUGGUCUUUCUUCUGUGUAUCUCGACAAGCUGAAGACCAUUGACUUGGUAAUCCGCAGCACACAAGGAGCUGAAGACAUUCUCAACAAGUAUGAGAACCAACUGCGUGACGUGAACAAAGUUCCUGUUAAUGAGAAAGAGAUUGAGGCCAGUCAAACACAGCUUCAGAAGCUGCACUCAGAAGCUGAAGGCAAGCAAGAAACAUUUGACCGUCUGGAAGAGGAGCUUCAGAGAGCGACAGAAGUGAACAAGCGGAUGUCUCAGCUGCACAGCGAACGGGACGUGGAGCUGGAGCACUACAGGCAGCUGGUGGGCAACCUGAGGGAGCGCUGGCAGGCUGUGUUUGCUCAGAUUGAGCUGAGGCAGCGAGAGCUUGAUCUUCUGAGCAGACAGAUGCAAGCCUACAGAGAGAGCUACGACUGGCUCAUUCGCUGGAUCGCAGAUGCCAAACAAAGGCAGGACAAGCUCCACGCUGUGCCCAUCGGUGGCAGCAAAGCCCUUCAGGAGCAGCUGACACAGGAGAAGAAACUGCUUGAGGAGAUUGAGAAAAACAAGGACAAGGUGGAUGACUGCCAGAAAUUUGCUAAAGGAUACAUCGAUGCCAUAAAGGAUUAUGAGCUCCAGCUGGUGACUUAUAAAGCACUUGUGGAACCCAUUGCUUCCCCUCUGAAGAAGGCCAAAAUGGAGUCUGCUUCUGAUGACAUCAUCCAGGAGUAUGUGACUCUGAGAACACGCUACAGUGAGCUGAUGACACUUUCGAGUCAGUAUAUUAAAUUCAUCAUUGAGACACAGCGCCGCCUACAGGAUGAUGAGAAAGCUGCGGAAAGACUUAAGGAGGAAGAGAGGAAAAAACUGGCUGAGAUGCAGGCCGAGCUAGAAAAACAAAAGCAAUUAGCUGAAUCUCAUGCAAAGGCUAUUGCUAAAGCAGAACAAGAGGCAAAUGAGCUUAAGACAAAGAUGAAAGAUGAAGUCAGCAAACGGCAGGACGUCGCUGUCGAUUCAGAGAAACAGAAGCACAAUAUCCAGCGGGAGUUUCAGGAGCUCAAAACCCUUUCGGAGCAGGAAAUCAAGGCUAAGACUCAACAGGUAGAAGAGGCCCUCCUAAGCCGCACCAGAAUUGAAGAAGAAAUCCAUAUAAUUCGACUUCAGCUAGAGACAACAAUGAAACAAAAAAACACUGCUGAAACAGAGCUUCAGCAGCUUAGGGCCAAAGCAGUAGAUGCCGACAAACUUCGAAAUGCAGCACAGGAGGAGGCAGAGAAGCUUAGGAAGCAAGUUGCUGAAGAGACUCAGAAGAAACGCAAGGCAGAAGAUGAGCUUAAACUGAAGUCAGAGGCUGAAAAGGAUGCUGCCAAAGAGAAAAAGAAAGCCCUUGAGGACCUUGAGAAGUUUAAACUCCAAGCUGAGGAAGCAGAAAGGCACCUGAAGCAGGCAGAGCUGGAAAAGCAGAGACAGAUUCAAGUGGUAGAGGAGGUGGCUAAGAAGACUGCAGCCACUCAACUUGAGAGUAAACAAGUAGCACUGACAGCAAAACUAGAAGAAUCUCUUAAAAAUGAGCAAGUAAUGGUCAUUCAGCUGCAGGAGGAAGCAGAACAUCUCAAGAAGCAGCAGGCUGAAGCAGAUAAGGCAAGAGAGCAGGCAGAGAAGGAGCUGGAGACAUGGAGACAGAAGGCCAAUGAAGCUCUCAGGCUCCGGCUCCAGGCAGAAGAAGAGGCCAAUAAGAAAACUGCAGCUCAGGAAGAGGCUGAAAAGCAGAAAGAGGAAGCCAAACGUGAGGCAAAGAAGAGAGCAAAAGCUGAGGAGGCUGCCCUUAAACAGAAAGAGACUGCUGAAAUGGAACUGGGGAAUCAGAGGAAGAUGGCUGAAGAAACAGCAAAACAGAAGCUUGCAGCUGAGCAAGAGCUUAUUCGGUUAAGAGCAGAUUUUGAACAUGCUGAACAACAGAGAUCUGUCUUGGAUGAUGAGCUCCAGCGUCUCAAAAAUGAUGUCAAUAGUGCUGUGAAACAGAAGAAAGAGCUUGAAGAGGAACUGAUCAAAGUCAGGAAAGAGAUGGAAAUUCUACUGCAGCAGAAAUCCAAAGCUGAGAAAGAAACCAUGUCAAAUACUGAAAAGAGCAAACAACUACUUGAAUCUGAAGCUACCAAGAUGAGGGAACUGGCUGAGGAGGCAACCAAGCUGAGGUCAGUUGCAGAAGAAGCAAAGAAACAGAGACAGAUAGCAGAAGAAGAAGCUGCCCGCCAGAGGGCAGAAGCUGAGAAGAUCCUCAAAGAAAAGUUAGCUGCUAUCAAUGAAGCAACCCGCCUAAAAACUGAGGCUGAGAUUGCUUUGAAAGAGAAGGAGGCUGAAAAUGACCGUCUGAAGAGAAAAGCAGAAGAAGAGGCCUACCAGAGAAAAGUUCUUGAAGAUCAGGCAGCACAGCAUAAGCAAGCGAUUGAGGAAAAAAUUGGCCAGUUAAAGAAGAAUUCAGACACUGAGCUCGACAGGCAAAAGAAAAUUGUUGAAGAAACCUUGAAGCAGAGAAAAGUUGUGGAAGAGGAGAUCCACAUUCUCAAACUUAAUUUUGAAAAGGCUUCGAGUGGUAAACAGGAACUUGAACUUGAGCUCAAAAAAUUGAAAGGCAUCGCAGAUGAAACACAGAAGAGCAAAGCAAAGGCUGAAGAAGAGGCAGAGAAAUUUAGAAAACUUGCUUUGGAAGAGGAGAAAAAAAGGAAAGAGGCAGAGGCUAAGGUGAAAAAAAUCCAAGCUGCAGAAGAAGAGGCUGCAAGGCAACACAAAGCUGCUCAAGAGGAGGUUGGGCGUCUUAUGAAGCUAGCAGAAGAGGCUAAAAAGCAGAAAGAGAUUGCAGAGAAAGAAGCUGAGAAACAGGUCAUUUUAGUCCAGGAGGCUGCACAGAAAUGUUCUGCUGCAGAACAGAAAGCGCAAAAUGUUCUUGUCCAGCAAAAUAAAGACAGCAUGGCACAGGAUAAACUCAAGGAAGAGUUUGACAAAGCAAAGAAACUGGCGCAAGAAGCAGAAAAGGCUAAAGACAAUGCAGAAAAAGAAGCUGCCCUUCUGCAUAAGAAAGCAGAGGAAGCUGAGCGCCAAAAGAAGGCAGCUGAGGCAGAAGCAGCUAAACAGGCCAAAGCACAGGAAGAUGCUGAAAAACUGAGGAAAGAAGCUGAAAAGGAAGCUUCCAGACGAGCUGAGGCAGAGGCCGCUGCUUUGAAACAAAAACAAGAGGCUGAUAGUGAAAUGGCCAAGUACAAAAAACUUGCUGAAAAGACCCUGAAGCAGAAAUCUUCAGUUGAGGAGGAGUUGGUGAAGGUUAAAGUUCAACUUGAUGAAACAGACAAACAGAAAUCUGUCCUUGAUGAUGAACUUAAGCGACUUAAACAAGAGGUCAGUGAUGCUAUAAAGCAGAAGGCUCAAGUAGAGGAUGAGCUUUCGAAGGUCAAGAUUCAAAUGGAGGACUUACUUAAACUGAAACUCAAAAUUGAAAAGGAAAACCAAGAACUUAUGAAAAAAGAUAAAGAUAACACAAAGAAACUUCUUGAGGAAGAGGCUGAGAACAUGAAAAAAUUGGCAGAAGAGGCUGCACGGCUUAAUAUUGAGGCACAAGAAGCUGCGAGAUUGAGACAAAUUGCAGAGUCUGAUCUCGCCAAGCAGAGAGAACUGGCUGAGAAGAUGCUGGAAGAGAAAAAACAGGCCAUUCAAGAGGCAGCAAAACUGAAGGCUGAAGCCGAAAAGCUCCAGAAACAGAAAGAUCAGGCACAGGUAGAGGCUCAAAAGCUGUUGGAGGCCAAGAAGGAGAUGCAGCAGCGUCUGGACCAGGAGACAGAAGGUUUCCAGAAAUCCUUAGAAGCUGAGCGUAAGCGCCAAUUGGAGAUUACUGCAGAAGCUGAGAAACUAAAGGUCAAGGUGACACAGCUAAGUGAUGCUCAGUCAAAAGCAGAGGAGGAAGCCAAAAAAUUCAAGAAACAAGCAGAUGAAAUCAAAAUACGCCUGCAGGAGACUGAAAAACACACUUCAGAAAAACACACUGUUGUUAAGAAACUGGAAGUACAGAGGCUACAGAGCAAACAAGAGGCUGAUGAUCUGCACAAAGCAAUUGCAGAGCUUGAGAAAGAAAAAGAAAAACUGAAAAAAGAGGCAGCUGACUUACAAAAACAAUCCAAAGAGAUGGUCAAUGUACAACAAGAACAGUUACAACAAGAAAAGACAAUCCUUCAGCAGAGUUUCUUUGCAGAAAAAGAGACUCUGCUGAAGAAGGAGAAAGCCAUUGAGGAAGAGAAAAAGAAGCUGGAAAAACAGUUUGAAGAUGAAGUCAAGAAGGCUGAAGCACUUAAAGCUGAACAGGAGCGUCAGAGAAAGCAAAUGGAGGAGGAGAGAAAGAAACUGCAGUCUGCCAUGGAUGCUGCUAUCAAAAAGCAAAAGGAAGCCGAGGAAGAGAUGAAUGGCAAGCAAAAAGAAAUGCAAGAUCUUGAAAAGAAGAGGAUUGAACAAGAGAAACUUCUGGCAGAAGAAAACAAGAAUUUGCGGGAAAAACUCCAACAGCUUCAGAGUUCACAGAAGGCAUCUUACACUAAGGAGAUUGAAAUCCAAACUGACAAGGUCCCCGAAGAAGAGUUAGUUCAAAUGACCAUGGUUGAAACAACAAAGAAGGUCCUAAAUGGCUCUACAGAAGUGGAUGGAGUGAAAAAAGAUGUACCUCUAGCAUUUGACGGAAUCAGAGAAAAGGUGCCUGCAAGCAGACUUCACGAGAUAGGUGUGCUCAGCAAGAAAGAAUAUGACAAGCUUAAGAAAGGAAAAACAACAGUGCAAGAGCUUUCUAAGAAUGACAAGGUCAAGAUGUGCCUGAAAGGUAAAGAUUGCAUUGGAGGCGUAAUAGUUGAACCCAAUCAAAAAAUGAGCAUCUAUCAAGCUUUGAAAGACAAGAUGAUUACACAAAGUACAGCUAUGAUGCUUCUUGAAGCUCAAGCUGCAUCUGGUUAUAUAAUUGACCCCAUUAAGAACCAAAGGCUCUCUGUCAGUGAAUCUGUGAAGGAUGGCUUGAUUGGACCUGAGUUGCACACCAAGUUGUUAUCUGCCGAAAGGGCUGUCACAGGAUUUAAAGAUCCAUUUACUGGAGACACAAUCUCAGUGUUUGAAGCAAUGAAAAAAGGGUUGAUCACAGAGGACCAGGCCAUAAAACUUCUUGAUUCUCAGUAUGCAACUGGUGGGAUAAUAGAUCCUGUCAAUAGCCAUCACGUACCAGUCCAACUGGCGUGCACACAAGGUCAACUCGAUGAAGAUCUUAGCAAAAUUCUGUCCAGCCCUCCUGCUGACAAAAAGGCAUUCAUUGACCCUAACACUAAAGAUAGCCUCACUUACAGUGAGUUACUAGACCAAUGCAAACCAGACCCUGAAACAGGCAUUCCAUUAUUACCAAUCAAAGAACAAGCAGCCCAAAGUGAAAGAACUUAUACAGAUGAGGAAACUAAAGAUGUAUUUAGUAAGGCUAACUUAACAGUUCCAUUUGGAAGAUUUAAAGGAAAGACUGUCACCAUCUGGGAAGUCAUUAACUCUGAGUAUUUCACAGAGGAUCAAAGAAAAGAUCUUAUUCGACAAUAUAAGACUGGCAAAAUUACAGUUGAAAAAAUCAUUAGAAUUGUAAUAACUGUUGUGGAAGACAAGGAGAACAAGAAGGAACCUGCAUUUGAUGGUUUGAGAUCAUCAGUGCCAGCAUCUGAACUUCUGGAAGCAAAGGUUAUUAAUAAAGAUUUGUUCAACAAAUUGCAUAAUGGAAAAGCUACUCUUAAAGAUGUGUCUGAGCUUGAACCUGUUAAGAAAGCCCUGAAGGGGACGCACAGUAUUGCUGGAGUGCAGAUUGAGUCAACUUCUGAAAAGAUGUCUCUCUACGACGCCAUGAAGAAGGACUUAAUUGGAACUGAGCCAGCACUAAAUCUUCUAGAGGCCCAAGCUGGAACAGGAUUCAUAAUUGAUCCAGUGAAAAACCAAAAGCUCACAGUUGAUGAAGCAGUAAAAAGUGGUGUUGUUGGCCCAGAGCUGCAUGAAAAAUUGUUGUCUGCAGAAAGAGCUGUUUGUGGUUACAAAGAUCCAUAUACUGGAAAAACUGUAUCCCUGUUUGAAGCAAUGCAAAAAGAUCUCAUAAAGAAAGAGCAAGGUGUCCGUCUGCUAGAAGCUCAACUUGCAACUGGGGGAAUUAUUGACCCUGAGAAAAGUUACCGCAUAACUCCUGAUAUUGCAUAUAAACGUGGUUAUCUAAAUGAGGAGAUGAACCAAAACUUAAGUAAGCCAUCAGACUUGAGUACAGUAUAUGUUGACCCCAACACCAAAGAAAAUGUCACUUACACUGAACUGCUGAAAAGAUGCAUCACUGAUAAGCAGACUGGUCUUCCACUUAUUCCAUUGUCUGAAAAAGCUAUCAAGUCAAAAGAAAUUGAACCAGUUUCAGAUGCACAAACUAAAGAGAACCUGAGUCAUGCUACGGUUGAGUUGCACAGUGGGCUUUUUAAAGGAAGAAUCAUCACCAUUUGGGAGAUUAUCAAUUCUGAAUAUUUCACAGAGGAACAAAGGAUUGAAUUCAUUCGGCAAUAUAGAUCAGGAAAAAUCACUAUUGAAAAACUGAUCAAGAUUGUUAUCUCUACAGUGGAUGAAAAAGAAAAGAAGAGACAGGACAACUUUGAUGGUUUAAGAGGACCUGUACCAGCCAGUUCCUUACUUGAAUCUAAAAUCAUUGAUAAAGACACCUAUGAUAAAAUCCUACAAGGCAAAAAGAAACCUGCUGAAGUUAGUGGGUCCAUCAAACAGUACUUGCAAGGCUCUGAUUGUAUUACUGGGGUAUUUUUCCAAAAAACUAAGGAAAAACUCAGCAUUUACCAAGCAAUGAAGCAAAAACUACUGACUUCAGACACAGGCAUGUCCUUGCUGGAAGCACAAGCAGCUACUGGCUACAUAAUUGAUCCAAUUAGGAAUGAAAAGUUUACAGUGGAUGAUGCUGUUAAGGCUGGUAUUGUUGGUCCAGAGGUUCAUGAGAAACUGCUCUCUGCAGAGAAAGCUGUUACCGGUUACAAAGACCCAUACACUGGCAAUAAGAUCUCCCUUCUUCAAGCAAUUCAAAAACAGCUUGUCCUUAGAGAACAUGCCAUACCUCUUUUAGAUGCUCAGGUGGCCACUGGAGGAAUAAUUGAUCCAGUAAAUAGCCAUCGACUUCCCAAUGAUGUUGCCAUUGAGCGUGGCUACUUCAGUAAGCAAUUAGCCAAAUCUUUUAAAGAACCCACAGAUGACAUCAAAGGUUUUACUGACCCCAACAAAGAUGAGAACGUCACAUACAAACAAUUGAAAGAGAGAUGCAUGACUGAUCCAGAAUUUGGAGUUGCACUUUUGCCACUUUCUAGAGCUCAGACUCCUGAGGAAGCUCAGAAAUCAUAUGUUUACACUGAAGAACAAGCACAAAAAGACUUGGCUAACACUCAAAUAGACAUACCGCAUGAGAGUUUUGCAGGAAAGCAAGUGACAUUAUGGGAAGUCAUGAAAUCAGAUAUGCUUCCAGAGGAGGAAAAGCAAAGGCUCCUUGAACAAUAUCGCUCAGGCAAAAUCACAAAAGAGAGAAUGGUCAUUAUUAUAAUUGAAAUUAUUGAACAAAGGGAGAUAAUCAAGACUGAGCAGAGUAUGUCAUGUGAUGUAAUCAGACGGCGGGUUACUAUUGAUGAACUUUACAGAGCUCGUAUUAUAGACCUUGAGACUUACAACCUGCUUAAACAAGGCAAGAAAGCAAUCCGUGAGGUUAUGGAGAUGCCAAGUGUAAAGCAGUAUCUCUUUGGGACAGGCAGUAUUUCAGGAGUACUUUCUGACAACUAUGUAAAGGUUAGCAUUUACCAAGCUAUGAAGAGAGGUCUCAUAAAACCUGACAUUGGUAUUGAUCUGUUGGAGGCACAGGCAGCAACAGGAUUCAUGAUUGAUCCUGUGAAAGAUGAAUUGUUGACAGUUGAUGAAGCUGUCCGGAAGGGGCUUGUUGGCCCAGAAUUCCAUGACAAACUACUGUCUGCUGAGAGAGCAGUCACAGGUUACAAGGAUCCCUACAGCGGUAAAGUCAUCUCUCUGUUCCAAGCCAUGAAAAAAGACCUUGUUCCUGAAGAUUAUGCUAUGAAGCUUUUGGAGGCUCAGGUAGCAACAGGUGGCCUCAUGGAUCCAGAAUACUACUUCCGCCUCCCAAUUGAUAUUGCCAUGCAACGUGGUUACAUGAACAAAGAAACCAGUGAAAGGAUAUCUGAUCCAAGUGGCGAUGUUAAUCAGUUUAUAGAUCCAACAACAGAUGAAAAGUUGUCUUAUGCAUUACUUCUGAAAAGAUGCAAAGUUGAUAAAGAGAGUGGCUUACGGUUAUUGUCUCUAGCGGACAAGAGACUUCUAUUUAAGGGUCUCAGAAAACAGAUCACCCCAGAAGAGUUGUUGCGCUCUCAAAUUAUUGAUCAAAAGACCUACACAGGACUCAUGGAGGGUACCAUAUCUGUAGAAGACCUCAGUAAAGACCUGAAGAAAUAUCUUGAAGGCAUAAGCUCGAUUGCAGGCGUGUUUGUAGAGGCUACCAAAGAUCGCCUGUCAGUCUAUCAAGCCAUGAAGAAGAACAUGAUCAGACCAGGCACUGCCUUUGAACUUCUGGAGGCUCAAGCAGCUACUGGGUAUGUAAUUGAUCCCAUCAAAAAUCUCAAAAUGAAUGUCCAAGAAGCUGUGAAAAUGGGAGUUGUGGGACCAGAGUUUAAAGACAAGCUUCUCUCUGCUGAACGAGCUGUGACUGGCUACAAAGAUCCAUACUCUGGCAAGGUGAUCUCUCUGUUCCAGGCAAUGAAAAAGGGUCUUAUUCUAAAAGACCAUGGUAUUCGUUUGCUUGAGGCUCAGAUAGCCACUGGUGGAAUCAUAGAUCCUGAAGAGAGUCAUCGGCUGCCAGUUGAAAUGGCCUACAAACGGGGUCUAUUUGAUGAGGAGAUGAAUGGUAUUCUUACUGACCCAUCUGAUGACACCAAGGGGUUCUUUGAUCCAAACACAGAAGAAAAUUUGACUUACCUUCAGCUGAUGGAGCGCUGCAUGACAGACACUGAAACUGGACUUUCACUUUUACUGCUGAAAGAAAAGAAAAGGGAAAGAAAGACAUCUUCCAAAUCCUCAGUUCGCAAACGUAGAGUUGUCAUUGUAGAUCCAGAAACUGGAAAAGAAAUGUCUGUGUAUGAGGCAUACCGCAAAGGACUCAUAGACCACCAAACAUACAUUGAGCUUGCAGAGCAAGAGUGUGAAUGGGAGGAAAUUACCACCUCAUCAUCAGAUGGUGUUGUCAAGUCCAUGAUCAUUGAUAGAAGGUCUGGAAGGCAAUAUGACAUUGAUGAUGCAAUCUCCAAGGGCCUCAUUGACCAAUCUGCUUUGGACCAAUACCGUGCUGGUACCCUUUCCAUCACCGAAUUUGCAGACAUGCUGUCCGGCAAUAUGAGUGGCUUCAGAUCUCGUUCAUCUUCAUUUGGAUCCAGCUCAUCUUAUCCCAUGAGUCCAGUACCUUCUAUUAAGACACCGGCUACAACCUGGACUGAUCCAACAGAGGAAACUGGACCAGUGGCUGGAAUCUUAGAUACAGAUACAUUGGAAAAGGUGUCAGUCACAGAGGCUAUGCAUCGAAAUCUAGUUGACAACAUCACUGGUCAAAGACUACUAGAAGCACAAGCAUGCACAGGAGGAAUUAUUGACCCAAACACUGGCGAGAAGUUCUCUGUUGCUGAUGCACAGAACAAAGGGCUGGUGGACAAGAUCAUGGUCGAUCGUAUCAACCUUGCUCAGAAAGCUUAUCAAGGAUUUGAAGAUCCAAGAACCAAAACCAAAAUGUCUGCCGCUCAAGCCUUAAAGAAGGGUUGGCUCUACUAUGAAGCUGGCCAACGCUUCCUUGAAGUCCAGUAUCUAACAGGUGGUUUAAUAGAGCCAGAUGUUACAGGAAGGGUAUCACUGGAUGAUGCUGUCAGGAAGGGCAGUCUAGAUGCACGCACUGCACAGAAACUGAGAGAUGUCAGUGGGUAUUCAAAAUACCUCACCUGCCCCAAAACAAAACUUAAGAUCUCAUACAAGGACGCCAUAGAUCGAAGCAUGAUCGAGGAAGGAUCUGGCCUGAGAUUGCUAGAAGCGUCUUCUCAGUCAAGUAAAGGACUGUACAGCCCAUAUAGCAUCAGUGGCUCUGGAUCAACUUCAGGAUCUAGGUCUGGAUCCAGAACUGGUUCAAGAUCAGGCUCUAGAAGGGGAAGCUUUGAUGCCACAGGUUCAGGUUUCUCCAUGGGGUUUUCCACAUCCUACAGCCCCACUAGCUAUGGUCGCCGUUACGAUUCAGGGGUACAUGGCGAACAUCAGAUGGAUGAGCUAAAGCAAGCCCUUACAGCUUUAGCAUCAGGCAGGAACUGUUGCUACGAUGAAAAGAGAAUAUUCACAUCAUCACACACUCAGACAUCUGUAGUUGCUUAAUUUAUGCACACAAAAGGACAUUUAUCCUGCUCUGCAUGAUGGGCUUUUUUACUGAUGGAAAUAAUAUUGCUACAGAAGACUGGCUUUAAUAUUUUAUUUCAUUUUUAUAUAUUCAGUUUCAAAUAUAGAUGUUUAUCUUUUGCAUUAGCUUUUUCUUUUUCAUUUUCACGACAGUAUGAAAUAUAUCAUAUACAGUUUAUUCUGCACUUUCAUCGCAGAGUCAUCAUUUUUAUAUUCAAUCCUUUCAAUUAGUAGCAGUGUUAAACAGUUAUAGCCUCUCUUUUUGUAUUAUCUUCUUUUUUCGUGUACCUUGUAAAUUGGCACAAGAAUAAUAUUGAAAACAAAUGCGAGAGGAAAUGGCAAUGCUUCAGAUGAGAUGUAAAAGUUAUUCGUUAUAUAUUGUUUGUGUUUGUUUAAAGUAAAGAUCUUUUUAGUAGCAGUACACUUUAACACCGAACAUUUGGAGCCAGCAUAGAAAAAAAGAAGAGGUUUAUGUUGGUUAUCUGCAGAGUGGAAUAAAGUCCAUUUGGACACUCAUCAUGAUUGGGAGGAUGUCAAUAAACAAAUCAUUACACUCCUUGACAUCCCCGCCAUGGCAGAAAUUCAUUAUUUUCUCAUUAUUGGGAACUAGAAAACAAAGUUUAAACUAUGCAGUCUUGUUAGAAUCUAAAACAAUACUAAAGCCAUCUUAAAAACGGCAAAUCUUUGCAAAAAGACAUAAAUGACUCACCUCUCAAACAUAUUUUGUCCUUCCAACAAUCUUAUAAAUCAAAGGGGAACACACUUGCGCCUUAACUGUGUGACGUCUGCAUUAAUUUUUUAGUAAUGUGCACCCUCAUUAGGCUUAAAAUAUAAAGCCUAAAGAUAUUAAUGUUUCACAGCAGAUUAUAUUAUUAUACAGAAUGUAAUUAUACAGGAUUUUUAAUGUCGAAAGUAGCUCAUAUUGUCUCGGGACACUCCUUUCAAUGUUACAAUGUCAGUUUGAAUAUUAACUAACCUGGAAAAUACUGUCAAACACCUGUUCAGAAAAGCAUUGUAUAGUUAUCCAAUGAAAUCAUCUUAAUAUCAUACACAAUAGGUCUAAAACUGCACAUUGACCGAUACCUGUCAAUAGAUAAUUUCACAGACACUGAGGUAUUAAUGUUUAAAGCAGACUUGAAGGUUAAUGAUUUUGUCAUUCAUUUGACAUAAAUACUUAAGAUUUUUAGAAUACAAUUAAGCAAUUAGCUGAAAAAAAGCCUGAAAUCUUGAAUAUGUCCAGACUACCUCUUUAAAUUCAAAAUUCCCUGUUUAUUAUGCUAAUUGUCUUUGUUUUGAUUUACCAAACGGUUCCCUAUCUUGCACUGCCACUUCACUUGCGUGUUUAGAGCGUUUUCAGCUCCUUUCAAAAGAUUCACAGUCAGUGCGAUCUUUCAACCAACAUACAUGUUCCACUACCUUUAUUUAUGCUCCAUUUUCAACACUAUAGGUUCUUAAAUGUAUUUGGUUGAGUGGAAUUAAAAAGGCUAAUGGUCUAUAGAAGAAAUUGUGGACUGAUAUUCACUCUCACUGGUCAAUUUUAACACUAAAACUGAAAUGUUAGUGUAGUGCUAGAAACGUUCUCUCUGUAAAUCAUUUACAUUAAAGCCUAAUGAUACUUGUAUGUUGGUGUCAUGAUAUAGGACUAUUGACAAGCAUUACAAACUAAUUGUAUAAUUAUUUCAAAACUGAAUGUAGAUGUUUACAAGAACAAGGUCUCUAGUUUAAAACGUAAUGACAUGUCUAAAAUUAUAAGACUGAAUUUCACAAAAAGGCACAAAAAGAAACUCUUCAGCUUCAGUUGUUAACUUUUGGUUGGCUGUACUGUAAAUCAUAUUUUAGUUUUAUUUUCCUACAUUAUAUAUAUUCAAGCUUUUUAUGUUUUACUAACAUGAUUAAAGCGAUGCAAUAUGAGCAGUUAUACCCAGCAAAGCCUUUUUUAAAGUGUGUUUUGGAGGCACUUUCAAACUGUUCUGAUAUUAAAUGCAUGAUAUGAGUAUGAAAUGUUAAUAUCCUGUUGUAAAUAAACAUUAAAUAUAUGCUGUACAGUG